CAAUCGAGAUCAUGACUGUGAUACGAUCAAGUAAAUAAAGUAGUAUAAAACGAUUCAUACGACGAUUUUUCAAGCGUAAACUAACAGUUAAACACCCCUAUAAAACAGGCGCCCCGAAGUAGCCAGCACAGUACGAGGUGGCCGUCGUCGAGCACCUCGAUCGCUCGCGCCAUGGACGCCUGGCAGCUGUUCGUCCCCGCGAUCGCCAUCCUCAUCCCCUUGCUCCGGCUCAUCCUCUUCCGCCGCGGCGACGACGGGAGACGCGGCCGCCUCCCGCCGGGUCCUCCGGCCGUGCCGUUGCUCGGGAGCACGGUGUGGCUGACCAACUCGUUGUACGACGCCGAGCCCGUCGUCAAGCGCCUGAUGUCGCGGCACGGCCCCGUCGUCUCCCUUCGCUUCGGCUCCCAGCUGCUCGUCUUCGUCGCCGACCGCCGCCUCGCGCACGCGGCGCUCGUCGAGAGCGGGGCCUCCCUGGCCGAUCGCCCCAGCCAGGCCGCCUCGGCCAGGCUCGUCGGCGAGGGCGAUACCAUGAUCUCGCGCGCGAGCUACGGGCCCGUGUGGCGCCUCCUGCGGCGCAACCUCGUCGCCGAUACGCUGCACCCGUCGCGCGCCCACCUGUUCGCGCCGGUGCGCGCGCGGGUGCGCCGCCUGCUCGUCGACAGGCUGCGGGAGGAGCACGGCGAGGCGGAGGCGGCGCCACGCGCCGUCGUAGAGACGUUCCAGUACGCCAUGUUCUGCCUCCUGGUGCUCAUGUGCUUCGGCGAACAGCUCGACGAGGACGCGGUGCGCGCGAUCGGCGCGGCGGAGCGCGACACGAUGCUCUACAUGUCGAGCGAGAUGGGCGUCUUCAACUUCUUCCCGGCGAUCACCAGGCACCUCUUCCGCGGGCGUCUUCAGAAGGCUCACGCCCUCCGGCGGCGGAAGGAGGAGUUGUUCGUGCCGUUGAUCAACUCCCGGCGGGAGUACAAGAAAAACGGCGGCGAGCCGAAGAAGGAGACGACCACGUUCACGCACUCGUACGUCGACAACCUGCUCGACAUCAACCUCCCGGAGGACGGCAACCGCGCGCUCACCGACGACGAGCUGGUUAUGCUCUGCUCCGAGUUCCUCGUAGCCGGCACGGACAGCACGUCCGCCGCGCUGCAAUGGAUCAUGGCCGAGCUGGUCAGGAACCCAUCCAUCCAAUCAAAGCUCUACGAGGAGAUCAAGUCCAAGACCGGCGGCGGCGGCCAGCACGAGGUCUCCGAGGAGGACGUCCACGACAUGCCGUACCUGAAGGCGGUGGUGCUCGAAGGCCUCCGGAAGCACCCACCGGCGCACAUGCUGCUACCUCACAAGGCGGCGGAGGACAUGGACGUCGGCGGGUACCUCAUCCCCAAGGGCACCAUAGUGAACUUCAUGGUGGCUGAGAUGGGCAGGGACGAGAAAGAAUGGGAGAAGCCAAUGGAGUUCAUGCCGGAGCGGUUCCUCCCCGGCGGCGACGGCGAGGGGGUGGACGUGACGAGCAGCAAGGGGAUCCGCAUGAUGCCGUUCGGCGUCGGGCGGCGGAUUUGUCCCGGGCUCGGCAUCGCCAUGCUUCACCUGGAGUACUUCGUGGCCAACAUGGUGAGGGAGUUCGAGUGGAAGGAGGUGGCCGGCGACGAGGUGGACUUCGCCGAGAAGCGGGAGUUCAACACCGUCAUGGCCAAGCCGCUGCGCGUGCGCCUCGUGCCCCGGAGUACACUCGAAUAAUUAAUCCAUUCCUCGAUUCCUAGAGAAAAUAAUUGUGCAGUAUAUUAUAUAGAGUAAAUUCCUUGUUUGCUCCUGAAAAGUUACCCAAUCUCUUACAUGCCCCUACCGUUUGGAACUUACUUGAUUCCUUCUAUACCCCAAAUUUUCGAUUGAAUCCUCUACAUACCCCUACCGUUUGGGUUCCGUCAGAUGUUUGUGUUCAUGUGUGUGUUAGCUUGUCAGUAUUUUCAUAAAAUGCGAAAAUGCCUCUGUCAACCCUAGGUAACACAGGGCCACAUCCGAUCCCCAAAUCCUCCAAAAUAGUAUAGUUCCCACACGCACGGUGCCGCACAUCGCCAGCUUUCAGCCAUCGUUGCACGCGCAUCGCCGCCCUUCUCCCACAUCCCGGCGGUGGCAGCGGCUCUGCAUCCCGCCGCGGUCUCGGCUCUGCUUGCGGUCAGCGGUGGCGGCUGGGUCCGCAUCCCAUCGGUGGCGCGGCGGGGUCCGCAUCUGGUGGGCGGCGACGGCUUUGCAUCCUGCCGCGGCGACGAGUCCGCAUCCCGCCGCGGCCUCGACUCUGCUUGCGGUCAUGGCGACGCCGUCUCCUCCCUGCCUCCUCCGCGCCCUCCCUCUUGUCACCUCACCCUCUUCUCGGGGGCUCCGACGCCGGCCUAUUACCUCCUUGCUCCACUGCUCCUCGCCGUCGGUAAUGAUACGCCCUUGCGUUGAUUAGCAAAAUGCGAAUAGCUGCUGCUGCUGCUAGUGUUUCUUGAUUGAUUUGUUUGACUUUAUGCAGGCGGAUGCCUUGAACUGUUAUGGGCUUGUGCCAUUAUGCUCAUGAUGUAAAAAGUAAUAUAUUUGUGUACUGCUGAUGGUGUAUGAAUGCUUUUAGAUGUAUUUUCAUUUUCUUCCUAUUAAAUGGUGCUACCGAUCCUCUUGAUA